UUACCAGGCUCGAAAGAAGCUCCAUUUUGUUUGAGCCGUCGAAGCAGAGCCGAGCACCGUCCACCGAAAAACCUAGAAACGAUAAAAAAGGUCAAAGUCAGCCGACGAACCGCUCGCUAACCAAGUUAUUAUCCGAAAGGAAAGCAAAUCUUAUCGUAUGUCCGAUAUCCAGAACCUCCAAACUUUUGACCCCUUUGCUGAUGCAACUAAGGGUGAUGACCGCCUCCCAGCCGGGACAGAGGACUAUAUCCACAUAAGAAUCCAACAGCGGAACGGCAGGAAGACCCUCACCACCGUCCAGGGCAUUGCCAUCGACUAUGACAAGAAGAAGCUAGUCAAGGCCUUCAAGAAGAAGUUCGCGUGCAAUGGGACAGUGAUUGAGCACCCAGAGUAUGGUGAAGUGAUCCAGCUUCAGGGAGACCAGCGCAAGAAUAUCUGCCAGUUCCUCAUUGAGAUUGGCCUGGCCAAGGAGGAGCAGCUCAAAGUCCACGGCUUCUAGAAGCUGCUAACAGCCUUCUCUCCUAGAAGGCCAUUAACCCCCCCCCCCCCCCCCCCCCCCCCUCCUAUGUGCUGCUGUUGCCCUUCCUCCCCCCUCUCCCUCCUUGCAACCCCACCAGCUCCCAUUAGCUAACACGUGAAUUACCUCUGACAAACAUGGGAUUCUGUAAGCCCCUACAACACCAGGGGGCAGGCUCGCUCUCACAAAGACACACCACUGCAGCUCCACACAACAUCAGGGACGAGUGGUGAUGACUCAAACCUCCUUGCCCCCUUUUUGUUUAUAUCCUUUUUUAAAUUUGUUUUCUUUUAGGUCUUGUGUCACAAAGAGGAGGCACCGUUUCAUGUAACUUUUUGUUUUAUACUUCAAGGUGUUUCAAUAAAACGUUGAGUCUCCAUAUGUUGGAGUGUUGUUGUGGGGAUGGGGGCUGGGUUUGUACCAGAGGGUCACCUACUUUAACUGUUGGCAGCUGAAGUGGGUGCAUUUAGAACAACGGAGGGUCUUUUUUUUUGUUCAGGCAUUUUCUGCAGAAGUCAGUCUCUGUAGCUGGCUAACAGAAGAGACUUCCCUCUUCCCGGUCUGGCAUCGUUUACACGCCCAGCCGCCUGCUCUCAGGUCACAGAGUAGAGAUCGUGUUAAAGUUCUGACCAUCUUCGCCACCCGCUCUGGCACAUUUGUGUUUUUGCUCUUCGCUUAACGGCACAUUUUUCUAACUCAUUUCUUCGUUUGUUUUUUGCUGCCAACCCAAGUAUUAAACCUAAAUGGGCAUUCAGUCAGUGGUGGUCUAAACGAGGCCAGUGAGGUUGAAGGCUGAGUCGGUUCCCUUUGUGAUCACAUGAACCCUCCAGAGUGGGAGUGAAGUCGGAUACCGGUAAUAUUAGUUCAGUUAAAGUGAGUUUAGACGGCGUGAGCUUCCUGCUCUGGCUCCUGACCAGCCUUCUGGUGGUCUAACACAUCUGGUACCACAGCUACGGUUAUGGACACUUGAAUCUUUAAUUUUCAUAUAUAAUGCAAUAAUUUAUAAAACCUGAGUUAAGACACAGUGAUGCUGAAGUAAUACAGUAAAAAUCAAAGCCAUGGCCGUGUCGCACUGCUCCUGUGACUGAGGGUGAAGAAGAGCAAGUCUGUUUUGCAAAAUCCACAUUUGGUUCAAUAAAAUGUCUGCAGUUAAAGCAU